CCUAGUCUUUAGGAGUUGUUAAACGUGUGAAUCAAUAGCUAGUAUUUCGGCUAUUGAUAUGUUUUAGUUGGUUAUUCAUGUAUCUAAAUAUGUUAUUGAUCAAUAAAAUUAUCAAGCUCUGUUGGUUAUCAUUUAUUCUCUGCAAUAUCAAUUUACUUUCUUCAUUAAAACUUCAAUUGGGACCAGAGCAAACUUCUUAAGGGAUCUAUGAAAUGGAAGCUCAAUCAAGUAAUGCCAUUGCCCACCUUGCUCCACCUGUUUUUGAUGGUGAAAAUUUUCAGCUUUGGGCAGUGAGAAUGGAGGCCUACCUGGAGGCUUUAGAUCUAUGGGAAGCUGUGGAAGAGGAUUAUGAAGUUCUUCCGCUGCCAAACAAUCCCACCAUGGCUCAGAUCAAAGUUCACAAAGAAAGAAAAAUCAAUAAGUCAAAGGCUAAAGCAACUCUAUUUGCUGCUGUUUCAGCAACCAUUUUCAGAAGGAUUAUGUCCCUCAAAACAGCAAAGCAAAUUUGGGAAUUUUUUUAAGGAAGAAUAUGCUGGAGAUGAAAGGAUUCGAGAUCAGGUUGAUUGGCACAGAAUUUCCUGAUUCCAAAAUUGCACAAAAACUUCUUGUAACUGUACCAGAAAGAUAUGAAGCAUCAGUUACUACCUUGGAGAACAUGAAGGAUAUGUCAAAGAUCACCUUGGCAGAAAUAUUACAUGCUUUUCAAGCUCAAGAACAACGAAGGUUUAUGAGGGAAGAUUAUGAAAUUGAAGGAGCUUUGCCGGCCAAGCAUCAAGAUGCUGAAGAAAAAAACGAGAAGAAUCUAGCAUUAACCAGUGACAACACAACGAGCAACCAAUUCCAAAAAAAGGUGGAAAUCCAAAGAAAAACUACCCACCUUGUCAACACUGUGGUAAGAAAGGUCAUCCACCUUUCAGAUGCUGGAGGAGACCAGAUGCAGAGUGCAGCAAAUGUAAUCAACUUGGACAUGAAGCCGUGAUCUGCAGAAGCCAAUCUCAAAAACAAGAAGCAGAUGCCCAAAUUGCUGAUGAAGAUGAAGAAGACUAGAUGUUUGUGGCAACAUGUUUUUCGACCCGAAGCUCUUUAGAAUGUUGGUUGAUUGACAGUGAUUGUAUGAACCACAUGACUUAUGACAAAACUCUCUUCAAGGAUUUGAAGCCCACUGAAAUUACGAAGGUUCGAAUUGGGAAUGGCGGUUAUAUUUCCGCUAAAGGAAAAGGAACCAUCGCAAUCACAACAAGUUCAGGUACAAAAACAACUUCCUGAUGUUCUUUACGUACCUGAUAUUGAUCAAAAUUUGUUGAGUGUGGGCCAGCUGAUGGAAAAAGGAUUUAAAAUAUCAUUUGGAAAUUCACAUUGCCACAUUUAUGAUGCCACUGGAAAGGAGAUUUUGCCGGUUAAAAUGAAAGGUAAAAGCUUCUUAUUUUACCCAACUGAGGAGGAGCACACAACUUAUUUCACUAAUGUUGACAUUACCGAACUUUGGCAUAAGAGACUUGGGCAUUGUCAUCUUCAAAGAAUGUUGAAAACGAAGAAGAAUGAAAUGAUAAGAGGCCUACCAAUUCUUGCUGAUUAUAUACCAAAUUGUCAUGCAUGUCAAUUUGGUAAACAAAAUAGAAGGCCAUUUCCCAAAUCAAUGUGGAGGGUUGGUCAAAAGCUACAACUAAUCCACACAGAUGUAGCAGGACCUAAAAGAACACCAUCACUACAAUGUAGUCUCUAUUACAUUCUUUUUAUUGAUGAUUUCACAAGAAUGUGUUGGAUUUUUUUCUUGAAAUACAAGUCAGAAGUGGCUGGAGUUUUCUAGAAGUUCAAGAAAUGGUGGAUAACCAAAGUGGUUGCAAAAUUCAAGUUGUUCGGUUUGACAAUGGGAAGGAAUACACCUCAGAAAAAUUUAAUCUAUUUUGUGAAGAAGCUGGCAUUGAACAUCAGCUCACUGCUCCCUACAAUCUAGAACAAAACGGGGUUAGCGAAAGGAGAAAUAGAUACGUAAUGGAGAUGGCUAGAUGUAUGUUGCAUGAGAAAUAAUUGCCUAAAGAAUUUUGGGCAGAGGUGGCUAACACAACAAUUUUUUUGCAAAAUCGAUUUCCAACAAAAGUUGUCAAAGAAAAAACUCCAUUUGAGGCUUGGUAUGGCUAUAAACCUUCAUUAAGCUUUCUUAAAGUGUUUGGUUGUGUGUGUUUUGUUUAUGUUCCGCAAAUUAAGCGUGACAAACUUGACCAAAGGGCCAUUCUGGGAAUUUUUAUGGGCUAUAGUUCAGUUUCCAAAGCCUACAAAGUUUUUUAUCCACAAACAAGAAAGAUCACCAUCACUAGAGAUGUACACUUCAAUGAAGAUGAGCAAUGGGACUGGAAAACUUCACAAAUAACAGAUGGAUUCUCACAAAACCAAAUAAAUAAUUCUCCUCAAGAGCAAACAAUGAACCAGUGGCAAGAUGAACUGGUGGAUGAUCCACCAAUUAGAGGCACAAGAUCACUUUCUGACAUAUAUCAUAGAUGUAAUGUGGCAAUAUAUGAACCAGCUGGACAUGAAGAAGCUCUCAAAGACUCAAAAUGGAAAAAAGCGAUGGAGGAGGAGAUGUCAAUGAUUCAGAAGAAUAAUACUUGGGAUCUCGUCCACAGACCUGAAGGAAGAAAAGUAAUUGGAGUGAAAUGGGUGUACAGAACAAAACUCAAUGUAGGUGGCUCCAUUAACAAGUACAAGGCCAGACUUGUGGUUAAGGGGUAAGCUCAAAUUUUUGGUGUUGAUUAUUCUGACACGUUUGCUCCUGUUGCUAGAUUGGACACAAUCAGAAUGUUGCUAGCCUUAUCAGCACAUAAGGGGUGGAAAGUUUUACAAUUAGAUGUGAAAUAAGCUUUUUUAAAUGGUGUUUUACAAGAAGAGAUAUAUGUGGAGCAGCCAUAUGGAUUUAUAAUUCAAGAUGAAGAAGAUAAGGUCUACCGGCUCAAAAAGGUUCUCUAUGGUCUAAAACAAGCACCUAGAGCUUGGAACAAUAGGAUAGAUGAUCACUUGCUAAGCCUAGGCUUCAUCAGAAGCUUAUCUGAGGCCACGCUUUAUGUUAAAGAGAAGGGUACUGAUGUUCUUAUAGUGUCACUUUAUGUUGAUGAUCUUUUGGUAACUGGAAAUAAUGCAGGUUUGAUUGAUGAGUUCAAACAAGAAAUGAUGCAGGUUUUCGAAAUGAUAGAUCUUGGUCUUAUGGCUCACUUUCUUGGGAUGGAGGUCAAGCAAAAUCAAAAUGAUGUAUUUAUUUGUCAAAAGAAAUAUGCCAAAGAAAUCUUGAAAAAAAUUCAGAUGGAGGAAUGCAGAGCAACAAGCACACCAAUGAAUCAAAAAGAUAAGCUGAAAAAGGAAGAUGGCACAGAUUUAGUUGAUGAAGGGUACUUUAGAAGUUUAAUUGGUUGUCUAAUGUAUCUUACUGCAACAAGACCUGAUAUUCUAUUUGCUGUAAGUGUCUUAUCUCGAUUUAUGCAUUGUGCUAGUGAAAUGCAUUUAAUAGCAGCAAAAAGAGUAUUAAGGUAUAUCAAAGGUACUGUCAAUUAUGGUGUUAAGUUUGAAAAGUGUCAAAGCCUCAAGUUAUGUGGAUUUUCAGAUAGUGAUUGGGCUGGAUCCAUUGAUGAUAUGAAAGUACUUCAGGAUACUGUUUCAGCCUAGGAUCAGGAUUUUUCUCAUGGUGCUCAAAGAAACAAGAAAUUGUUGCACAAUCCACUGUAGAGGCUGAACUUAUUGCAGCAGCAGUAGUAAAUCAAGUACUAUGGUUGAAGAAAAUACUCAUUGAUUUACAUAUGGAACAAAAGGACAAUACAGAGAUUUUUGUUGACAAUCAGGCAUCAAUUGCAAUUUCUAACAAUCCGGUGUUCCACGGAAAAACUAAGCAUUUCAACAUCACGCUUUACUUCCUCAGAGAGAUACAAAAAAAAUGUAGAAGUGACAUUAGUGUACUGCAAAUCAGAAGAUCAACUAGCAGAUUUGUUCACAAAACCACUUCCUGUUAACAAGUUUGAGCUUUUAAGGCAGAAAAUGGGAAUUAACAGUCUCUAAAGCAAGGAGGAGUGUUGGAAAUUGCUUCAGGACUGCCAUAUCAGUCCAUGUAUUUUUUCUUAUUUCUUAUAUAAUUCGUUUUUUUAUUGGGGAAUGUCCUAGUCUUUAGGAGUUGUUAGAUGUGUGAAUCAAUAGCUAGUAUUUCAGCUAUUGAUAUGUUUUAGUUGGUUAUUCAUGUAUUUAAAUAUGUUAUUGAUCAAUAAAAUUAUCAAGCUCCGUUGGUUAUCA